CCGGGAGAACUCCGGAGCUCGCGGGGAGCGCUCCUCGGAAGACCGGGGUCAACAUGCCCGUUCGCAGGGGGCAUGUGGCACCACAAAACACAUUUUUGGGGACAAUCAUACGGAAAUUUGAAGGGCAAAAUAAAAAAUUUAUCAUUGCAAAUGCCAGAGUGCAGAACUGUGCCAUCAUCUACUGCAACGAUGGGUUCUGCGAGAUGACUGGUUUCUCCAGGCCAGAUGUCAUGCAAAAGCCAUGCACCUGCGACUUUCUCCACGGGCCCGAGACCAAGAGACAUGAUAUUGCCCAAAUUGCCCAGGCAUUGCUGGGGUCAGAGGAGAGGAAAGUGGAGGUCACCUACUAUCACAAAAAUGGGUCUACUUUCAUUUGUAACACUCACAUAAUUCCAGUGAAAAACCAAGAAGGCGUGGCUAUGAUGUUCAUCAUUAAUUUUGAAUAUGUGACAGAUGAAGAAAAUUCUGCUUCCCCAGAGAGGCUAAAUACAAUAUUACCAGUCAAAACUGUAAACCGGAAACUUUUCGGGUUCAAGUUCCCUGGUCUGAGAGUUCUCACUUACAGAAAGCAGUCUUUACCACAAGAAGAUCCCGAUGUGGUAGUGAUCGAUUCAUCUAAGCACAGCGAUGAUUCUGUAGCCAUGAAGCACUUUAAGUCUCCUACAAAAGAAAGCUGCAGCCCCUCGGAAGCAGAUGAUACAAAAGCCUUGAUACAGCCCAGCAAAUGUUCCCCCUUGGUGAAUAUAUCCGGACCUCUUGACCAUUCCUCUCCCAAAAGGCAAUGGGACCGACUCUAUCCUGACAUGCUGCAGUCAAGCUCCCAGCUGACUCAUUCCAGAUCAAAGGAAAGCAUUUGUAGUAUACGGAGGGCUUCUUCCGUUCAGGAUAUAGAAGGAUUCAGUGUCCACCCCAAGAACAUAUUUAGAGACCGACAUGCCAGUGAAGACAAUGGUCGCAAUGUUAAAGGGCCUUUUAAUCAUAUCAAGUCAAGCCUCCUGGGAUCCACGUCGGAUUCAAACCUCAACAAAUACAGCACCAUUAACAAGAUUCCACAGCUCACUCUGAAUUUUUCAGAUGUCAAAGCUGAAAAAAAGAAUACAUCCCCUCCUUCUUCAGAUAAAACCAUUAUUGCACCCAAAGUUAAAGAUCGAACACACAAUGUGACAGAGAAAGUUACCCAGGUUCUCUCUUUAGGAGCAGACGUCCUACCAGAAUAUAAACUGCAGACACCACGCAUCAACAAGUUUACAAUAUUGCACUACAGUCCUUUCAAGGCCGUCUGGGAUUGGCUUAUUCUGCUGUUGGUCAUAUACACUGCUAUAUUCACUCCCUACUCUGCAGCCUUUCUCCUCAAUGACAGAGAAGAACAGAAAAGACGAGAAUGUGGCUAUUCCUGUAGCCCUUUGAAUGUGGUAGACUUGAUUGUGGAUAUUAUGUUUAUCAUAGAUAUUCUAAUAAACUUCAGAACAACAUAUGUAAAUCAAAAUGAAGAAGUGGUAAGUGAUCCAGCCAAAAUAGCAAUACACUACUUCAAAGGCUGGUUCCUGAUUGACAUGGUAGCAGCAAUUCCUUUUGACUUGCUGAUUUUUGGAUCUGGUUCUGAUGAGACAACAACAUUAAUUGGUCUUUUGAAGACAGCUCGACUCCUUCGUCUUGUGAGAGUGGCCCGAAAACUUGAUCGAUAUUCAGAAUAUGGGGCUGCUGUUCUAAUGCUCUUAAUGUGCAUAUUUGCCCUGAUUGCUCACUGGCUGGCUUGCAUUUGGUAUGCGAUUGGGAACGUAGAAAGGCCCUACCUGACUGACAAAAUCGGAUGGUUGGAUUCCUUAGGACAACAAAUUGGGAAACGUUACAAUGACAGUGACUCAAGUUCUGGGCCAUCCAUUAAAGACAAAUACGUCACAGCACUUUAUUUUACCUUCAGCAGUUUAACGAGUGUAGGAUUUGGGAAUGUGUCGCCUAACACCAAUUCGGAGAAAAUCUUUUCAAUUUGUGUCAUGUUGAUUGGCUCACUAAUGUAUGCAAGCAUUUUUGGGAACGUAUCAGCAAUUAUCCAAAGACUAUACUCCGGAACUGCCAGGUACCACAUGCAGAUGCUGCGAGUAAAAGAGUUCAUUCGCUUUCACCAAAUCCCCAACCCUCUGAGGCAACGGCUUGAAGAAUAUUUCCAGCAUGCAUGGACUUACACCAAUGGCAUUGACAUGAACAUGGUCCUAAAGGGUUUCCCAGAAUGUUUACAAGCUGACAUUUGUCUACAUCUCAACCAGACUUUGCUGCAAAACUGCAAAGCCUUUCGAGGGGCAAGUAAAGGUUGCCUUAGAGCUUUGGCAAUGAAGUUCAAGACCACCCAUGCACCUCCAGGAGACACCCUGGUUCACUGUGGGGACGUCCUCACUGCACUUUAUUUCUUAUCCAGAGGCUCCAUUGAAAUCCUCAAAGAUGACAUUGUGGUAGCUAUUCUGGGAAAAAAUGAUAUAUUUGGAGAAAUGGUUCAUCUUUAUGCCAAACCUGGAAAGUCUAAUGCAGAUGUAAGAGCGCUCACGUACUGUGACUUGCAUAAGAUCCAGAGAGAAGACUUGCUAGAGGUUUUGGAUAUGUAUCCUGAGUUUUCCGAUCACUUUCUCACAAACCUAGAGUUGACUUUCAACCUAAGGCAUGAAAGUGCAAAGGCUGAUCUCUUAUUACAAUCCCAGUGCAUGAAUGAUUCUGAAGGAGACAACUGUAAACUACGAAGAAGGAGAUUGUCAUUUGAUAGUGAAGGAGAGAAAGGAAGCACCACAAAUGAUCCAGAAGACUCUGUAGAUACCAUAAGACAUUAUCAGAGGUCCAAGAAACACUUUGAAGAGAAAAAAAGCAGAUCUUCAUCUUUCAUCUCCUCCAUUGACGAUGAACAAAAGCCUCUCUUCUCAGGAAUUGUAGAUUCUCCUCCAGGAAUAGGGAAAGUAACUGGACUUGAUCUUGAAGAAACAGUGCCCACCUCAGGAAGAAUUCCCAUAGAUAAAAGAAGUCACUCUUGCAAAGAUAUCGCUGACACCAGAAGCUGGGAAAGAGAAACUGCCGGAACUCAGGCCGAUGAGUCUAGCCCCUCAGCGCUUCCGCGAGCUGCCUGGGGGAUCUCUGAAACCGAAAGCGACCUCGCCUACGGAGAAGUGGAGCAAAGAUUAGAUCUGCUCCAAGAACAGCUUAACAGACUUGAAUCCCAAAUGACUGCAGACAUCCAGACCAUCUUACAGCUGCUGCAGAAACAAACCACUGUGGUUCCCCCAGCCUACAGUAUGGUAACUACAGGAGCAGAGUAUCAGAGACCCGUCAUCCGCCUGAUGAGAACCAGUCAUCCGGUAGCAUCCAUCAAGACGGAUCGAAGUUUCAGUCCUCCCUCACAAUGUCCUGAAUUUCUAGACCUUGAAAAAUCUAAACUUAAAUCCAAAGAAUCCCUCUCAAGUGGGGUGCAUCUGAACACAGCUUCGGAAGACAACUUGACUUCACUUUUAAAACAAGACAGUAAUCUCUCUUUAGAGCUUCACCCCCCGAGGCAAAGAAAAACUUGCCUUCAUCCAAUUAGGCAUCCUUCUUUGACAGAUUCAUCCCUAAGCCCUGUAGGAAUCUUGGGUCUUCAUAGGCAUGUUUCUGAUCCUGGUCUUCCGGGGAAAUAA